UCAUUUUCAAUCUACCCUCAAACGAGUCGAGUAGGGUCCGUUUUGGUGGGCGGUCGUGCUGAAGUUACACGACUUUUCACAAUCUUUUUUGUGACAAAAAAAAAUUAUAAAAAAAUAUAAAAAAAUUUAAAAAAUAUUACAAAAAACCCAAAACAAAAAAAAAUUGAAAAAAGUAGCAAAAAUCGAGCAGUGUUGAAAUUGAAAUAUAAAAAAGAAUAAAACGACCCAAUUAUCAAAUGGCUUCCCUAUACGUUGGAGACCUGCAUCAGGAUGUGAAUGAGGCUGGCCUCUUUGAAAAAUUCUCUUCUGCUGGGCCCGUGCUAUCGAUCCGUGUGUGUCGCGAUGUGAUUACACGCCGUUCGCUAGGAUAUGCCUAUGUUAACUUUGCCCAACCAGCUGAUGCUGAACGUGCCCUUGACACAAUGAAUUUUGAUUUGAUCAGAAAUCGCCCAAUCCGCAUAAUGUGGUCUCAGCGUGAUCCAUCACUACGUCGUUCCGGUGUUGGCAAUGUAUUCAUCAAAAAUCUCGACAAAAGCAUCGACAACAAGGCCAUCUACGAUACAUUCUCUGCUUUUGGUAAUAUUCUCAGUUGCAAAGUUGCUGUCGACGAGAAGAACAACUCAAAGGGAUACGGUUUCGUACAUUUUGAGACAGAAGAAGCCGCCAAUAUGUCUAUUGAGAAAGUAAACGGCAUGUUGUUGGCUGCUAAGAAAGUCUAUGUUGGCAAAUUCAUUCCACACAAGGAACGCGAGAAGGAGUUAGGCGAGAAGGCUAAACUAUUCACAAACGUCUACGUGAAGAACUUUGGCGAAGACUUCGAUGAUGAAAAAUUGAAGGAGCUGUUUGAAGUAUUCGGAAAGAUUACAAGUCAUAAGGUUAUGACUAAAGAAGACGGCAAGGGUAAAGGCUUUGGAUUUGUUGCAUUCGAAACAACUGAAGCUGCUGAGGCCGCUGUUACUGCACUCAAUGGCAAGGAAAUGGCUGAUGGCAAGAAUUUGUAUGUUGCUCGUGCCCAAAAGAAGGCCGAACGUCAAAUGGAAUUGCGUCGCAAGUUCGAAGAGCUCAAGAAGAAACGUCACGAAUCGGCUUAUGGUGUUAAUUUGUAUGUCAAAAAUCUUGACGACAGCAUCGAUGAUGAACGUCUUUGCAAGGAGUUCUCACUCUAUGGAACAAUCACAUCUGCCAAGGUCAUGACUGACGAAGAUGGCCGUUCCAAGGGAUUCGGAUUCGUUUGCUUCGUUGCUCAAAAAGAAGCUACAUGCGCGGUAACAGAGCUCAAUGGUCGUGUUAUGGGCUCCAAACCAUUGUACGUCGCUUUGGCUCAACGCAAGGAAGACCGUAAGGCUCAUCUUGCCUCCCAAUACAUGCGUCACAUGUCUGGCAUGCGCAUGCAACAGAUUGGACAAAUCUUCCAGCCCAACACCGCUGGUGGAUUCUUCGUGCCAACAAUGGCCCCAAGUCAACGCUUCUUCGGUCCACAAGUCACCACACCAAUGCGCAACACCCCACGCUGGGCACCACAAGUUCGCCCGACCGCUGUCGGCCAAGGUGUCGCUCAGGGAGCAGCAGCCGCCGCUGGUGGUUUCCAAAACGCUGCUAUGGCUGCAUCAACAGCUCAAUUCAGGCCACAAGGAGCCCGUGGAGCUCCACAGGCUGUACAAGGCGCUCAUGCUGCAGCAACAGCCAGCGCAUUGAGAAACACUGGUGCCCGAGCCAUAACCGGUCAACAAGCUGUUACAAACAUUCAGAUGGCAGCUCCACUUGCCACAGGACCACAACCACGUGCUCCCAAUUACAAGUACACCGCAAACAUGCGCAAUCCCCCAGCCCAACAGGUGCAAGCUCAAGCUGCUGUACAACAGAUGCAUCCAAAAGGACAAGAGAAGCUCAUCGCUUCCCUCUUGGCUAACGCCGCUCCUCAAGACCAGAAACAAAUCUUGGGUGAGCGUCUCUAUCCAUUGAUCGAACGUAUGUAUCCUUCAUUGGCCGGUAAAAUCACUGGAAUGUUAUUGGAGAUCGAAAACUCAGAGCUCUUGCACAUGUUGGAAGACAAUGAAGCCCUUAAGGCUAAGGUCGAGGAAGCUGUUGCCGUUUUGCAGGUUCACCGUGUUAAGGACCAACAAAACUAAAGUAAAAUGAAUUAAAAUCAAUUUAAAAAAAAACUCGUUUAAAAAUCAAACAACAAUCAACAACCUGCAAGAAAAAAAAGUAGCAAUCUUAAAACAAAACAAAAACACCUUAACACCAUACACAAGUCGCGUUACUCACACGUCGUAAUAAUCCUCCCAAUGUUUUUUUGUGUUUUUCUUAGUAUUUUUUUUUAGUUUUUGAAUUUAACCUGAACACACCUAAGCUCUCAAAAAAUAGUCAACCAGUCAAAAGUGACUGUGAAAAACAAAUCAAACAUCAUGAAACUCAAAACAACGAAGCUUCCCCAGAAACAAUGCAUUUUUUUUUCUCAAAAAAUGCAAAUGUAAGAAAGAUUUGUUGAAGGAUUUGAGUUUUGUUUACGAAAAAAAUACAAUAAUAAUAAUAAUAAUAAUAAUAAUAGAUAUCUUUCACGUACCCAUUUUCAGGAAAAGAAGAAAGAAGAUUUGAGCCGUUUAUUUUUCGUCGUUUCAAUCAUAAUUUGGAUGGAAGCUGACACAAGCAUUUUUUCUCUUCAAAAAGCGGCAAGUCUUACCAAUGAAUUAUUCUUUACUGUUUUAAAAGGCAAACUCUGCCUUAAUUUGUAUAAAUUGCCCAAUAAAUUAUUUGUGUGCAUUUAGUUGAAAAAAAAAACAAUUAUUCUUUCACUUUUUCCUGACUUUUUCAAUCAUCUCGGAUAACGUCGAUUGAUAUUGUCAGAAUUUGAUUUUAAUUUUUUGAAGAGCUUUAGGUUGUUACUUGUUUCAGUUUCAGUUUCUGUUUUUUUUUAUUAUCUCAUGAAUAACCAAAACCUAAAUUUUGCCCUCAAAACGAAGAAAUAUCUUAUAUACUAAAAAGCAAAAAUACAAUAAAAAUGGAAAACGUAUAAAAAAGAAACAAAAAAUCGAAAAUUAAUUAAAAAAACAAAAAAGAAAAAACUUCUUAUGAAAGAAAUAUAAAUAAAUUAAAAGAAAAAAUCUCAAAAAAAUUGUAAAACGAAACGAAAAAUUUUAAAAAAUUUACAAAAUAAAACAAUGGAAUAGGAAAGAAGAAAACAAAAACACUUGAGAAAGAAAACAUACAAAAUUAUCCAAAACAAAAAAAAAUGGUUAUUAUUGUCGUCAAAAAGAGAUAAAUGGGAAGAAAUAAAAAAUAUAUAUGAUUUUGCUACUUUAAAACAAAAAACUUCAACAAAAAAUGUAAAAAAACAUAAAAACUUUAUAUAUAAAAAAACCUCAAAAAAAUUGUAAAACCGAGUUAAAAAUAAAGACAAAAAAAUGUUUAAAACACAGUGAUGUCAAAAAACAAGAAAAAUUAUAUAAAAAAAUGUAAAACAUAAAAAAAAACAUGAAAACAAUUGCGUUCGCGACAAAGAAUUUCAUACAAAAAGCAUAAAACAAAGAUAAAAGUAAAUACAAAAAAAAUUGCAAAAAAUCAAUACACAAAAAUAUUGAAUAGAAAUAUUUAUACAAAAUAUUAAAGAACACAAAAAAAAAAAUCCAUUGAAUUUUCCAACCCCACACAUUUUGAUUUUUUUUU